AUAUAACGUACAUGGGUAACAAGAUCCGCAUAGGACUCAUGGGAGUUAGGAAUUAGAUGAUAGGACUCCAAGACUCUUUACUCCCCGUGAGUGAUAUGUGGUCAGGCAUGGGUAACAAGAUCCGCAUAACGCUGAUCAUCUUCCUCUCGUUGCAUUCCACAUCAGGUGCCCAAUCCGUCUGGGACAUCCUCUCCAUCGACCGGAUAUUCUUUCAUCGGAAGAUUCCAAGAGAUGAUAAUUCGUACUGCGAGAGCUGGAAGUUCACCGUCGAGACCAAUGACGCUCCCAGCUGGACCCUUGUCCCGGAGAGAUGCAAGGCUUUUGUGCAGGAUUACAUGACCGGUCCCAGGUACGCCUCGGAUUCAGAUGCCGUGGUGAACGCUUCUCUGGUGUUCAUGAAUAAAUUGGAGAUCUCUGGCGACGGGAAUGAUGCCUGGGUCUUCGAUAUUGAUGAGACAUUGCUGUCGAACGUUCCCUACUACAAUGCACAUGGGUUUGGGACAGAAAUUUUUAAUGAAAGCUCCUUUGAUGAAUGGGUGAAUUUGGCCGAAGCUCCUGCCAUACCUGCAUGUUUGAGGCUGUACAAAGAUUUACUCAAGCGGGGAUUCAAAAUUUUCUUGUUGACAGGUCGGAGUGAAUAUCAAAGGAAAUGUACAGAAAAGAAUCUUCAAUAUGCUGGAUAUAGCGAUUGGGAAAGACUCAUUCUGAGGGGGUCCUCUGAUCAAGGUACACUAGCCACUGUCUACAAAUCCCAGAAAAGAAAGGGAUUAGAGGAUGAAGGUUACCUAAUCCAUGGAAGCUUUGGAGAUCAAUGGAGUGACUUGAUGGGGUCCGCAUUAGCCAAGCGGUCUUUUAAACUCCCCAAUCCCAUGUACUACAUUGCCUGACUAUAAGUCUCCAAUGUUUCUUCUUUGAUUUUCCCCAAAAUGUUGUUUAGCAUCUCAUAAUUCAUGUCAUCUCUUGUCUUUUCAUUCGCAAGAGAGCAAAGAUUGUGUAAUCCACGUUUUUCCUUAAUUUGGCAGUUGCAUCUUUAUUUGUCUAUCAGGAUGAUUUGGGAAUAAUUCCUUUGACGUACAAGUGGUUUGGACUUCAGACUGUUUUGUCAAGCAGAAACUUUUCGGUUUACUCUUGUUCCUUGAUGUUUAUUUUUCAUAUGGAAAGGUUGUAUUUUAGUCCUUAAUGGAAGUGUUAAUAAGUGUUA